AUGGGCGCGUCCGACUCGAAACUCAGCUUCAAGCAGGGCAUCUUCCGCCUGUCUGAGCCCAGGCAAAUUCCCGCUGAUGAUACCUACUGGACCGGCUUCUGGGAGCUCCCCGAGUCCACUGAAGACGUCUUCUCGCUCUUCUCCCCUGCUGAUAUCCGCCGCACACGUGACCAUAAUCUUGCCAACCUCGAAACCCUCAUCCUCGCCGUUACCUCACGCUUGAUCGUCCUGCGCAACCACCCCUCCUUUCCAGACCCUGAGCUUGCGCCAGAACGAGAUGCUCUCAAUUGCAUCCCGCAGUCGCCGUGGCCAGCUUGUCCGCAGUGA